CGCCAGUUCGUGCAGCUCAUGCUGUUCUAUGUUUGAUGAAUAAGAUACUCAAGUACCGAUUGCUCUCGAAGCUCUUCCCAUCUUUCAACUGCUCCACAGCUCAGCUCAGCUUUACUAGUACGCGAUGUACCUACUGCGCUAGUAGUUAGUGUCCCGCGCGGAUGAUCUGAAUGGCGUUACCAGCUACCUGGCCACGUGCUUCGUCCCUUAGCGCGCUCUGAGCUCCGAAACACCAACCUCCCCAACCCUGAAGACAGCUCAUCGACCUGAGCUCCAUCGCCCGCCGCGUCCCCUUCCUCAUUCACACCACCAACUACACCAACUACACCAACAGCCCAUCACGAACAUCAUAAUGAAGUCCUUCAUCCCUUUUUCUCUCCUCGCCGCCGCUGCGCUCUCCUCCGCCCUCGUGCUGCCAACUGAAGACCACCAGUUCGCGGCACUGUCAUCCACCUCCUCCGCCGAUUCUGAGCUCCGCCAGAUCCAGCUCUCACCAUUCGAGACGCGAUGGGUAACCGAAGACCAAAAGCUUGAGCUGAAACGCCAAGGAAUCAACUUCAUGGACAUAACCGAGCACCCGUCUCUCGGCCUCCAGAACGCGGUUCUGGCAGCAACUUCACAGAAGCCGACCGUCAAGUUCCCCGACUCGCCCGCCUUCCAGAAAACCAUCAAGCCGUUGCUCUCCACUCUCGACAAGUCCUCGAUCCAGGCCAACCUCGAGAAAUUCACCAGCUUCUACACGCGCUACGCAAAGAGCGACUACGGACGGCAAUCCAGCGAGUGGCUGCAAAACCGCGUCAUCGAGACCGCAGCCGGCUACAAAAACCUCGAGGUGAAGCCGUUUCCCCAUUCCUGGGGGCAGAACAGCAUCAUCGCUCGGAUUCCGGGACGCACGAACAAGACGGUGGUCAUCGGCGCGCACCAGGACAGCAUCAACCUGUUCCUCCCGUCGCUGCUUGGCGCGCCGGGCGCAGACGACGAUGGCUCGGGCACUGUCACCAUCCUCGAGGCGUUCCGCGUGUUCAUCAAGUACCUUGCCGACAGCGGCGAGACGCUGGAGCAGACGGUCGAGUUCCACUGGUACUCUGCCGAAGAGCUCGGACUGCUGGGGUCGCAAGCGAUCUUUAGCUCCUACGAGAAGGAGGGCCGCGAUGUCGUCGCCAUGCUGCAGCAGGACAUGACCGGCUUCGUCGAGAAGACGCUCAAGGCCGGCAAGCCCGAGGCUGUCGGUGUCAUCACCGACUACGUCGACCAGGGCCUGACGGAGUUCAUCAAGAAGGUCAUCACCGAGUACUGCGACAUUCCGUGGACCGCCACCGCAUGCGGAUACGCGUGCUCCGACCAUGCCAGCGCUAGCAAGGCGGGUUACCCCAGCGCGUUCGUCAUCGAGAGCGCGUUCGAGGAUAGCGAUAAUCAUAUUCACACCACCGAGGAUAAGAUUGAGUACCUGAGCUUUGACCAUAUGCUGCAGCAUGCGAAGUUGACUCUGGGCCUGGCGAUGGAGCUUGGGAGCACGAAGAUGUGGUCGGAGAAGAAGAGUGGAGUGGCCGGGUCGCAGGAGUUGUAGACGGACGAUACGACGUUUUGGGUUGAUGAUGGUAACUUCUCUUACUUUACGGUUUUGGUACAUACAAUAUGUAUGGUAGUGGAAUUAAAUGUUUGUUGCAAAUAA